AUGCUCCAACCACUGCAUUCAGUUUCGAUUGAAUCCAAGCAAGAGGAUGUGACUGUCAUUGACUUGGCCCUCGUUGGAUCUCAAGGUCGCGUUGGAUUCAGAGGCCUUUUUGAAAAUAAAUUCCUACUUGGUGUAUCGUUAUUCUCGACUCUCGGAGGAUUCCUCUGUGGCUACGCCCUGGAAGUCAUCCCUGCCGUGCUCGCCAUUGAGUCGUUUGGAGCGAAGUUCCCAGAGAUAUACACGAAUGCAACACUGAAGAUCGGACGAAAGGUUAGCAUAAUAUGCGAUGCUAUGAUCUUCAUUCUCGGUAGUUCACUCCAAGCAUGUGCCACGUCUCCCGUUCACCUGUUCGCCGGUCGCGUUGUCGCUGGUUUGGCAGUUGGUUCUCUGACGCAUGUCGUCCCAAUGUAUCUCGCUGAGAUAUCCUGCGCCAGAAUUCGUGGAUCAUUAGUUUCUCUGCAACAACUCGCUAUCACAUUCGGGCUUCUUGUCAGUUACGGGAUCGUGUAUGGCACGUCACAAAUCGGGGGGACCCGAUGUGCCCCGGGAAUACCGUACACUGGGACGCUUCCGAAUGGCAAGCUUGUGUUCAAUCCUAACACUGAUGUCCCUCCUGGCGGUUGCACUGGUCAAUCACAAGCGUCAUGGAGAGCCCCGCUUUCAUUUCAAAUAUUACCUGCUUUGUGUCUUGCCAUAGGCAUGCUCUUCAUGCCAUACUCGCCCCGUUGGCUCGCUGAUAGAGGCCGCGAGGUGGAGGCUCUGGACACACUGUCGCGUCUUCGACGGAAGCCCGCUCAAGAUUGUUCGGUUCGCACUGAAUUCCUGGAGAUCAUGGUUGAAGUUCGUUUUGCAAGAGAGGUCAUGGAAGCGGCAUAUCCUGACGCGGGGCCAGUCAUGCGGAUAAUCCAUAAAUACUCGGCGUUGAUGGCUGGCUGGCCGAAGUCCAAGCGACUGGUUGUUGGAUCUCUCAUUAUGACGUUCCAACAAAGUAUGGGGGUGACCACUCUCAUCUAUUUAUUACCUACGAUUUUCAGCCAACUGGGCCUUAACCCUAAUACUACUUCCUUACUUGCCACUGGGGCUUAUGGGAUUGUUAACAUGCUCGCCACUUUACUUGCUAUCGUUCUUGUCGAUAGGGUGGGCAGGCGACCUGUGUUAAUAUCUGGUGCCGCCGGCUGUUUUAUUUGCAUUGCAAUCAUAGGCUCUAUCGUAACCAUAUACGGCAAGGAUUGGCCAGCGCAUGUAGUAGCGGCUCAUGUUACCAUUGUCUUUGUGUUUCUCUACGAUGCAAUCCUCUCUUACUCGUGGACUCCGAUGGCAUGGGUCAUUACCAGCGAGAUAUUCCCGUUGCACCUCCGGUCCACUGGUAUGUCCCUUACCGCAUCGGGCAUGUGGUCAUCGUACUUUACUGCUGGACUCUUUACGCCGACGAUGCUGAGUCCACAUGCAGGUGGAAUUGGGUACUGGUCGUCUGUCGCGUUUUCUCUUGCCGCGUUACUCUCAGCUAUAUGGUUUAUCCCAGAAACCAAGGGUCGGACCCUGGAAGAAAUGGACCCUGUAUUUCGUGAUAAUGCUACUGACAGUCAGCGAGAACUCAAGAGGGGUAUUUCCCAGGAGCUUGGUCUGCCCGACCGGGCGUUUUUGAAUGCUCUAUAAAGAAAUUUCUGGUUGACCCAGGUCAUUAUUUCCUCAUUAAAUCG